AUGCUUUGAAUCUGUUGCGCAAUAGCGAAAAUUGAUGAGUUUUCUGCAUUAAUUGUUCUCAUUCUAGGAUGGGCUCUAUUACUUGUGUUUGGUGCGAUUUAUCAAAAAUUAUAUUUGCCUUCACUAUUGGAAACUGAAAAAGGUAAGAGUAUUUAUCAAUUGUUUAGAUUUCAGCUGCUUUCAAUUAAUCCUGAAGAUGCAGGAAUUAAAAAGUCAGCAAAAUAUAUUUUUUCUGCAAAUCUAUCACAAAGUAACUCCAAUCGCCCAGGUUUGAAUAUCCCAGAUGAUGAUGCUUUAAAAUCAAAUGGACAGCUUGAGGAGCAAAGUAACAGCAAUGUUGAGUUAUACAGUGAAUAUAAUUCAAGCUUAUGCAAUUGUAACAGCACUCAAAAGUAA